AUGCAGCCGGGUAAUUCUCCGACUUCCGUUGCGAGCGAAACCGCCGCUGUCCAGGGGCAGCCGCUCAAGCAGUGCUACAAAGCCGUGGACCGGCCCGACAAUAAUGGAAAAGAGCGUGAAACGUCUCCGAUCCGGAUCAGUGAGACUCCGAUCCAGUUGCCGGACCCUGAAUACCGCCAUGUCCCCGCGUCCGUCAGCCGCAAGAGAAGCAACACCGUGAGGGCAGAGCCUUCGCCGAGCCGUACGCAGCAGACGUCCUGGACGCCGCAGAACCGCCGGCCGAACAAGCGCAAGAAAGGCUCGAACCCGCUCGGGAACGACAGUGGCAGCGAUUCCGACUCCGACGCCGGCUCAAACCGGAAGCUUAACCGCGAUGAAGACGGCGUCAGCGGCGCCCGCCGCCGACCCGCCGAGCCCAGUGAUACCUCCGAGCCACUUCUGCCGAGCCGCGUGGCCAUCGAACGAGAGAAGAGCGAGCGCAUGGAGCUUUUCCGGACGCUGAGAAAAGUGACCGACGAAUGGGAUCGCACCCGGCGUCAUCGCGAAAGCAAUGAUCUGGAAUCCAAGUUGAGAUCGCACUACAGCACGUUCCGCCGUUGCUGUGCCUAUGUUCUUCAAGAGUUCAAAAACGAUCUGGAAGACUUGAAAUGGAUGGACCGCUGGACUUUGGUGAUUGAAGAGCAGGAAACCAAUCGCAAGUGCUUUUUCGAUGAGGUCCUGGACGGCUACAUUGAGAAAAAGCUCUCGGAAGAGGGUCAGAGCGGCAACGAGGCCGGUGAGAGGCUCCGGAGCACGAUGCAUGUCCAGCAGGAAUUUUGUCAGGGCAUUAUUGUGCCAUGGGUUGCCUCUUUGGUGCUGUUAAAAGGACCCACCGCUGUGACCGUCAGAGACUAUAUCUCUGAGGAGGAGUUGAGGGUGCUGAGAUGGACAUGGUUCAGCGACCCAUCCAUGCCCUGGGGAUCGUACUGGCGGUACGUAGUGUACCCCAGACGCGAAGAUUCAGAGGGUUUACAACGCACGCUUUUUAAGGUGAGCAUGGACGAAGAGCUUCUGGGGAUGUGCACGCCGAGUGGCAAGUUUCUUGAUCUGGACAAGAUGCGCGAUCUCCAAAGUGCCAUACCUCCGUGGUUUCCAAGGGGUCACACAAGUUGUAUGGAGGCUUUCUUAAAGAACUAG